AUGUCUACUAUCCACCGAUACGAUAGCGCCACGUUUGAAAGUCCAUCUCGAGUGUUGGAGAUGGACGAAAGGGAGAUUAAUAGAAAGAUCAGCCAAGGAAUUGAUCGGGACAUCCUCAAGGAAAAUGGCAGAACGCCAGUUAGAUUUGGCAGUGGAGUCGAUUAUGACGCUGGCAGGGACCGAAGAUCGCCUAUUAGAAGCCAGCUUGGUAUGGAUAUCAAUGCAUUCAAAGACGCGCGGACGCCAACUCGAUUAGUUGUGCGAAAUGAUGUCGAUCCUGUUAAAGAGCGAAGGUCGCCGACUAAAGCCCAGCCUACCAAAGCCCAGCCUAGUAAUGUGGAAACCAAUGCACUCAAAGAUCAAAGAUUGGGCCAUUCCCGAUAUGACACAGAUCUGUUUCGAGAGAGGAGAUCACCAGCCAAAGCUGGUAAGAGCCGCUCACCCCUACACAGGGCCACUGCCGCCGACAGCAACAACACCACCAACAACGCAGAAUAUAUAUUUAAUAACCACAGUCAUUUGCAUCAACUUCAGGAAGAAAACUCGCGGCUCAUAAAAGAAGUAUCGAACCUCAAGGCUGAAUUGACCAAGAUGGAACUAAGAAGGGAUUCAUUGGACGAGGCGUUGCAAUCCUGCUCUGGUGAUUUACUCUUGGAGAAGCAGAGAGUAGUGGAAUUAGAACAAAGGGAAAAGUACAUGAAGUUGGAAAUUGAAAAUCUAAAAGAAGCUAAUAGCUCUAUACCGAAGUUGAAUGGGAAAAUCGAUUUCUACAAGAAUCACAUCAACACUUUGCAGAAAUCCAACCUCGAGCUUGAUAAUAUGAGAGUCAGACAAUUGGCCAAAUUAGAGCAGUUGGUUGCUCAGCGAACAUUAUGGAGAAAACACUGUCGUUGUUUUGUUCCAUCAGACAAGAGGGAGGCGCAUAGGGAGACGCAGAAAGAAACGCAAAGGCAAGUUUCUCUGGAAGCUGAAAAAAUGCCAAAUGGUCCUCCAGAGACAAGUGCCUGUGCAGAAGCGCGAGCAAACAACAAUGAUGCGUCUCUGGUGAAAGCAAACAACCCACCUUUUAAUGCCGACCAGAUGUUGCUGAUGCUCGAGGAAGUGAAAAAAUUGCUCACUAGCCUUCUUCUGAGCCCAGUUGAGAGAGACGUUGGACUCUUGCGAAACGAGGCUUUAGAAUUGUUGAAAAUAUAUUUUGCAAAUGAAAUUGAAACUGCAGCUGCAAAAGCAUUUGGAAAUAAAAAAGCUGCCGAUCGUGUUUCAGCUACACAGAGAAAAGAUGAUUGUGGAAAUGGAAAUUGCAGUGACAGUGACAGUGACAUUAACAGUGACGACGCAAGCAAGGGCCUUGUGUCUGAUGAUGUUGAUAGCAAAACGAAAAAGUCGCUGAAUAGCCCCAUACCCAUACUGCAGCCAGUGUCGAAACCUCUGAAGCCACAUAUAUCGGAUGAAGGCGCAUCUCGAACAGACGCAGAGAUUUCGACGCCGGUAAAGGAUCUGCUGAGCACUGUGAACCUAGUGAAGGAUCAACAAAAGAGCAUUCUGCCAGAGAGAGCAGUCUCGGCCCUGUCUUUUACUCCUAAAGUGCAACUCAACAUUUACUUGAACACGAAACAAAAUGGUGAUUGGAAGCAACAAGACCUCGUCUUGGAAAAUGUUGCCUAUAGCCCGGAUGUUGAAAAGAGCUCAAAAGAAGCUGGGCGUCGUGUCUCAAACUCGGAAUCAACGGAGAAACCAGAGCUUGAAAAUCUGCAAUCUGAGUCCAAUAUGCCAUUGAAAACGACAACAAUAACGGUUUGCUCACCUCCCGCAAAAGAGGAUUGCAAACGACAGUCUGGGCGUCUGGAGAAACAAAGUCUGUCUCAAGAAUCUGGAGCCGAUGCUUCGAACAGAAACCACAAAAGUGAUGAUGAGCCCGUUCACUUCCCCGCAUCUUCAAGCCGCGUUUCCAAAAAAAUGAUUGACCAUGCUAGUCAGAAUAAUUUUACGCGGCAAAAAGACAAGAUUGAUCAACAAUCGCCACCAGUUACCCCAACUCGUUUAUCUUCAGGAGACGUUUUGCAACAAUACAGCAAGCUGAUAUCGGGGAUUAUUUCUCCUCCCGAUUGGCAUGCAGGUGCAAAGAGUGUCAAAGGACCCUCUGAGUCUGUGAAGGAUUAUUGCAGCGGGGGACGAUACCCACCAGAGAAUAUUCCGGACUCAGAUCCCACCAUUUCGCCACGACAUCAACAACCCAUAUCUAGCCAAUUCAAAAUGCAUCCUGAAGCUACCAGCACGCGCAAGUCAGCACACUUUGUCAACAGCAGAGAGCCAACACAAUACGCCAAGGGUCAGGCUAACCCAUACAGCACCACUACCACCACUAGUACAGCUACUACUACUGAAACUGAUGAGAUGUUAUUGACUCCCGAUGCAAGUCCCGAGAUAGACUGUGAGGGCUGCUUUGGGAAGGAGGACAUCACUGGCUCGAAGCUUCUUGGAGACUACGUGCGGUAUGAAAAGCAAUGCUCGUAA